CAUGGCUGUGUUGUGGUGGGUGGUCCGGAGCCAAUCUCUAGGUAUGAAGAGUAAAAGCAGGGCAUGCUUCUCAAAUAUAACCUUCAAGAGGAGUACUUAUCUCUGGCGAGGUUAGUCUAGCUGUGUUUUAAUCCUGUUUUGUUCCUGCCUCUAUAAUACUCUGAAGCAGUGAGCGCUGCACGGAGGUUUCCCAUGAUUGGUUUUAAGCCUGCUGGACUUCUUUUUAGAGCUCCUGCCUGUUCCGUGCUCAGCCUGGCAGUAGUGGCUAGAGAGUUAUUGUGGUGCUGAGGGUGGGCAUCAGCUUUACAGCAACGUCUGAAUGGUGGGAACUGCACAGCCCAUCUGUGGGAUUUACAUCUGCCUCCAAUUGCUUCCUAUGCAGGUGGGCUCGGGUAUGAGAUAGCUCUCUGUGGGAUUUUGAACCUCAGAAGUAACUCUCCAUGUGGGAUUUCAUCAGCAGGAAGGCAGCGACGGAGCCGGAUGCCGACAGACGGGGAUAUGCAGUGUGGGUGUCCGAGAUCAUGCUCCAGCAGACACAGGUGGCUACGGUGAUCGACUACUACAUCCGCUGGAUGCAGAAGUGGCCGACGCUUCAGGCUCUAGCACAGGCGUCCCUGGAGGAGGUGAACGAGCUGUGGGCUGGGCUUGGCUACUACUCCAGAGGGAAGCGUCUGCAGGAAGCAGCAAGGAAGGUGGUGUCCGAGCUGGCUGGCCGGAUGCCCAGGACAGCUGAGGACCUGCAGAAGCUGCUGCCGGGCGUGGGCCGAUACACGGCGGGAGCCAUCGCGUCCAUCUCGUACGGACAGGCUACAGGAGUUGUGGAUGGGAAUGUGAUCCGGGUCCUGUGCCGCCUGCGAUGCGUCGGUGCCGACUCCAGCAGCCCGGCUGUAAUCGACUGGCUCUGGGAUAUGGCCAAUGUCCUGGUGGACAGGAGUCGCCCAGGGGAUUUUAACCAAGCCCUGAUGGAGCUGGGGGCAACUGUGUGUGUGCCCAAGUCCCCGCUGUGUGGGGAGUGCCCGGUGAAACAGCACUGCCAAGCAUGGCGCAGAGUGGAGAAGGACCUAGCCUUUGCCUCUCAGAAGCUGUUUGGAAAAGCUGCCCCAGUGCCUGAUGUUGAGGACUGUCUUGGGGACUGUCCCCUGUGCCCCCCAGCCACGGAGCCGUGGGACAGCAGCCUGGGGGUGACCAACUUCCCCCGGAAAGCAGCGAAGAAGCCGCCGCGGGCGAUGCGAACGGCCACGUGUGUGCUGGAGAGGAGGGGCUGCCACCAGGCCCCAGAAUACUUCAUUGUGCAGAGACCCAGCUCGGGUCUCCUGGCUGGACUCUGGGAGUUCCCAAGUGUCCCACUGGCUCAAGACCUGCAGGAGGAGAAGGAGAGGGAGGAGCUGGCUGAUCACCUCCAGGCCUGGACAGGGCGGCCCGUGGCAGCAAAAGGCCUUCAGUUUAUCGGAGAGGUCAUCCACAUCUUCUCCCACAUCCACCAGACUUAUGUGGUCUACUCUCUGCACCUAGAUGGGGAUGUGACCCUGGACCCUGCCUUGUCCCCAUCUCGCUGGGUGACAGAGGAUGAGUUCCGUGCCUCAGCUGUGUCCACAGCCAUGAAGAAGGUGCUGAAAGCUCACGGGAAGCAGCGCAGGAAGGAGAGCAGCCCUGUCAAGGGCUCCAAGCGGAAGCGGGGAGCCAAAGCACUGGGAGCAGGCAGCCCCUGCCCUGGAACACAGCUCUCCCUCCGUGCCUUUCUCCGGGCACCGAAGGGCCCAUGAGGGCACCGACCUUCCUUGUGUGAGACCCCAGAGCCCCUCGCUGGGCUCAGUCUGCCCAGGGCGUGGCAGCGCUGUCCCUGUGCUGUAGCAAUCCCAGGACAUGGCUCUACAAUGGUCUCUCACUCUUCCUUUCCCCUGCCUCACCCGUGGGCAUUGUGCCUGGGUGUGGCCACUGGUCCUGGAUUAAUCCUGGAGCAGACUUGCUCUCCCUCCUUGGCUGGAGCCCUCCUGGGGCUACUUGGCCCUGUACUGCCACUGCUUUGGCACUGUGCACUCAGGGCAGCAGGGCUUUCUCUCCAGCUGUGGGAAGGCUGUGGCCACUUGGCUCCUGCAGCCGUGUCCCCUGCCUGCAUCUCGUGCCCCAGCCUGUGACCGGGGAUGCUGCUGUACCCUCCCUUGUUUUUACUGGACCUGAAAAUAAAUCUCAAGUGUGUGGGUUUUUAA